GAAAGUAAAUUACAAGCACGUAUCAUUUUGGUAUAUUGACCUAACAGGACUGUUGCGUGUAGAGGCGAAACGUGCGUAAGUGGUGAAUGAGCGGCAUUACAGAUAAAUUCACUUUUACGUACAUUUCGCAGCAAAGACUCCUUCCAAACAAUGCCAUAAAAUGUGAAGAAAACAUCCGAUUUUCAAGCAUCCCUCCCUUCCCGGGCAUUAUUUCCUGCACUUUAAGAGCACAAAUACACGGGUGACUGCGCAUUUCCAAAACAACUUGGCCCCAGUCGACGCGAUGGUACUCCAAGUACAGAGGUGGCUACAACACAGGCUCAACCAGACCGUGUUACACGCUCGCACAAUGCCUUCUAGUCACACUCAAGACGGAUUCGUGGGUACAAAGCCUGUUUUCAGUCGCUCAGAAUACAUAAAUGUCAUGUUCUUGAGCUCCUCCGUGUUAUUUUUUAUGCGUCGUGCUGGCGCAAUCAACACUCCCGUGUUAUCACUCUCGGCAAUCGCUCGUCGCGUUUUCGACAAGUGUGAGUACCGAAAUGAGGUAUAUGUUGUUGUAGGGCUAUCAUCACAAACGUGUCCCACUAAAAUUCAGUACAGGCAAAACUUACUCACUAUGGCCGGCUUGCUUUUUUGCUAACAGCUUCACAACACCAGGCGCGGCGAGCAUGCCUCAGAAUAUCCCCAAAAGUUACCAAAUGAAUUACAAUACUUUUUCGGGUCAGAGAAUGUGUCUCGAACUUCUACCACUAAGAUUCAGUAUACGCAAAACUAACGGCGGCACACAGCCGAGCUGCUUUUCGCUAACAGCGCCACUACGCUGAUCGCAGCCACUGUGCUUGAAAAGUACCCCAAAAAGUUGCGAAAUUAGUUACAAUAAUGUCUGGGGUCAGAGAAAGCUCCAGAACUUGUCCUGGUAAGAUUCAGUACACAUGAAACUGCUUCACACGGCCAAGGUACUUUUGUCUCAAAGCCAGGUGUGGCGAGCGUGCCCAAAAACUACCGAAAUAAGUUUUAAUUAUGCUUGGGCUCAUAUAAAGCAUUGCAAACAUGUCCCAGUACGAAUAUUUAACUCAAAUGAACUAGGCUUGGAUGGCGGAGCUGUUUUUUGAUAACUGCGUCACUAUAGACAGGUUGCGAACGUAGUUCCUGUGACUACUAAGGCGCCUCUCGCGGCGGCAAGCGUGCACCCGGCAGGAUACGACCGGCCCGCUUGCGUUUAGAAAGCCUGUCUGUGCACUGUUUCACGCGUAGCGGUUUCCUUUUCUGAGCAAUGCCCAAGUGCAACACGAAUUGUUGCGUAGUGGGCUGCAACAGCACGUACAGCAACUCACCAGGAACGAAGUUUUACAGGUUUCCGAGCCGACCGUAUGAAGUAGAAUGGCGUCAACACUGGAUCGCGCUUGUCCGACGGCAGAAGCAAGCUGUUUUAUAUUCCAGCGUUAUGCCAAGUGCGUUAUAACGCUGAAUUCGUUGCUUUUACAGCAAUGAUGGCAGCAACGAGACAUCUGCACCGCGUCCCAGGAUAUGCAGCAAACAAAGUAGUUUGUUUCCACACUUUACCAUAGCAAAGCUGUGGAACUCUUUCCCAAUCCUCUCCCAUUCAAACAGCGCUAGGGCUUGCUGAGAGCUACGAGGAGGGGUUGCAGCUGGCUCAACUGGCAUACACCCUUCUGCGCCCAGCAUAUCAACUAAGGGGCAGUUGAGAUCACCAAAAUAUUUGACGACGUGUUUUAUUGGAACCUCCUUUGCACGCACUGAAAAAUCGCAAUAUAAAAAGUCUCGAACUUCCAGUAACUUAGGCGAAAAUAUUUUCCCAGCGUAGUCUACAACUGGUAAGCUCCUCACUUUUCUUUUUUUUUUUGUUUAAGGAGAGCAACGCUAGCAUACCUCGGGUAGGUCUUAGGAGGCGUUUGUACGCCCCACGUUCUUGGAUGAGAUCUUUUCAAUUCACGUUUGCCGUCCUGUAUGUACAGGGCAAUUACCGCGGCGUGCUUGCACUUUCUUGUGAUGCCAGCACAGCAAUCACAGCUCCCCGCUAGGAUUGGUCUGCUGUCGCCGAUCUACAAGAAUCAAUAUCGCCUAUAAUUUCAUGCGUCUGCACCGUAGAUAACGAAGUAACUUACGCUAAGCUCCACGUGGUAUCAUAAGUGGUUUCUUUCCUUAUUUCGUUUUUUUCCUCUUAAGUAGUUACUCAUGGCAGGUUUCUGUUCCGUUGCCGCCACCCAUGAGAUUAUUUCAGCCUCUCUGACUUUCCGCUUGACCUUCUUUGUUGCUGUGUUGCCCACCAUACAGGCCGCAUACUUACUCGUAAGCUUCCUAGUUCUUUUCCUCCACUGUGGAUCAAUGUUUUUCCUGUACAGAUACCUGAACACCCUCCCAGCCCAUUUACUGUCUUCCAUAUUCCUCAGCCGUUCUUCAUACCCAAUUUUAAUGCGAGCUUCCCUCACUUCAAAACUUCAGUAACGCUUAUGCACCAUGCAGAGGGCCUGUGUGGUUCGGUAUUAAUUUUCACUAACAGACAACACUGCUGUCACUGACACAGGAUUUCCUGUGACACGGGGCCCUUAAUGUUAUUGUGUCAAAAGGAGCAAGGUAAGAGGAGGAAUUUGCUUAUGGUCUGGCGGCCUUGCCCCACCCAGUGCUUUAGCGCCGAGCCUUCUAUAUAAAUGUCUCCCGCCUUUUAAUAAUAUAUUGACGCGUGUGCUUGUUUAUCUUUCUCCAGUGACCGCUUUUUCACCGGUAACAAAUGUUAAACAUUAUCGCUCGGCAAGACGCACAAAUUUAUCGUUGAUUCUAUCACUUUUGUAUUUCCUCACUGAACCUUGUAAAAUCAGAUUGCACGUGUGACAUGAAAUGUGUAGUAGUCUUUGGGAACCACGCGGACACCAGUGAUUGCACUGGAACCUUCGACGAGUGAUGUAUAAAAGCCAAUGUGCUUAACCCGCUGAUCAGAUUUCGACAAUUACUGACUGUGUUCGCCGCUGUCCUUUCUUGAGUGUAGCCUGUUUUUGUGGGCACAAAUUCGCCCAAUAAAAAGCUGCUUUUGUCAUUGACAGUUUUGCUACUGUUUUCUGCACUGUCACUACUACGUGACAUCUGGUCGAAGUGCUUUUGUGCUCAUGUACCGAACGCCUCUGCAAAGCAGUGAUCAAAGCCCAAAACUUGAAGACAGCACCAAUGUUGCCCCAGACCAUCAAGCAAGCUGCAGGCUUCAAAAGCUUUCCUCGGAGCAUGGACUUCUACCUGAAAAGACCAGAAUUUGCACGGCCACGACGCCAGCUAGAAUGACAGGACGAUCGGUGUUGCCAACACCGAUCGUCCCGCAGCAGUCCAGGGAGCCAGCAAAAUUUUGCGGAUCAACAUUUGAGGACCCGGAAAGCUACCUGGAGACACCUGAAAGUGUUGCUACAUUUAACAACUAGAGCAGCAAUGAGAAGCUGCACAAUAUGUUUUUUGCAUUGGAAAAUGCUGCCAGGACUUCGUUUCAGAAGCAAGAAAGCAGCAUAACAACUUGGGAAUUGUUCCGCAGUAGCUUCCUAUGGACCUGCACAAGCGUCGUGCGCAGAGAGUGAGCCCAAGCUCUACUAGAAACCCGAGUGCAACUGCAAUGAGACUAUCGCCAUCUUCACAGAAGAGAUGACCUGUCUUUUCUGGCAUGCCAGCCUGGAAAUUUUGGAGAAGAAAAUCGCUUCCUGAUGCAGGGCGCAAAAUAAACUUUAAGCUAGACUAAUCCCCAGCCCACCAAAGACCUUAGUUGAGUUUUUGACACAGGCAACGGCGAUCAAGAAGACUCCAGAAAUGACACGGUAGAAGAACAAUCACAAAAAUUUAUUUUCAGCUGUCUCUAAACAUAAACCGUAGAGAAAUAAUUGUGUUGUGAACUACUAACAAUCGUCCUCAGCUAUGAGCAAUUUUCCUGUGGGACUACUGCUGCUUUUCAACAUCUUCUAUGUGAGGUUUUGUGUUUGUGACAACUAGCACUUGCCAGGCGACCGAUGUAGCACCAUGUUGAAGGCACCUGUCCCAGUCGUAUUGUCACCGCUACAACUAUUUACUUGUACAUGCUUUGAGUGUAAUCAAUCUGCACAUAAAAAAUCUCAAAGUGUGGGCUUUGAGUGUAAUCAAUCUGCACAUAAAAAAUCUCAAACGUGUGGUGUAUGGAGCUGUUCGUGUUCUUGUCAUUUCCUGGUGACUUCACUGACAAUUAUUGCGCAUUAAGAACUGCCUCACAAUCACAAUGAAGCCGCAGGUUCGUCACCGAGUUGAAUGUGAGCCUGCCACCGUUGAAACAGCGCGCAAGGUUAUAAAGUUUGUCUUUUUGCUUUCAGUGGGGCAUAUAAAGCAUUUUCAGCCAUCUGAAUAUCCUAAAUACAGUGUGCGAAGGUCCUGAAGAGGCUUGUGCGAAGGUCCUGAACAACAAACAGUAUGAGCGAGAAGCUGUCAGAGAAUCCUUUGUUUUGGAAAGUUUGAGUGCAGUACAUAGGUGGCCACAAAAUCUUUCCCAUUUUCCAUGAGGUUAUGAUCACAUAAAAAUAAGUUUAUGAGAAAGAUAGUGCAAUAAUGUAGCGCAUGUUCGCCUGCCGUUCAUUGCUCAGUUUAUGCAGAUUUCUUGUUUCUAGUGUGUGGUUUAGUGACGCUAUGCCGCUUGCUAUGCUGUGAUCAUGAAGGAUCUAAAUAUGAGUUAAUUAUUUAUAUGAUUGAACUGAGUAAAUAAAGAAGUGCUACUGACGGAUUUCAAAGUCUAGUUUGAUCUCUUAGGUCUCCUCGAUUUGGCUACACUGUCUGCACUAGUUCAGGGGGUGCUGCGCUCUAGCACUCGAUUUACCAGUGCAGCUAGCGCCACCUGCACUUCGGUACUCGAUUUGACGCCGUGCUGCACGUGUUCAUGUACACUUCGGCACUAGACUCUCCGUGAGUUCUUUUCUUGUGCACGUAGUGCAAGGCGCUUGAUGGCAGACGACGCGUACGGCUCCGUGGCCAUGCAGGUAUUGGUAGACGGCAUAGAAACGGCAGCGUUUCCCGUGACAGAGAAUGGCUGUCACGUGCAGUACGAUGGAGCAUUUCUGUAUGAGACAGAAGGUGAGUGCUGUUAUUUCGACACGUUGGCGAUCGCAACAUUUGUGAUGAUUCGCUACAACUUUUCUUUUUGCUUAGACAGCCUUCACAUCACCAUUGGACAUGAGGCAGCGCCAGUCUCACCUCCGCUUGCGGCAGCGGCUGGCUUUGAUGUCGCCAGUCAGGCCAUGCCUUCGAUAGCCACACCAUCUAUGGCCACACUGCCACCGAGAGCCACACCGCCGCCAACAGCCACGCCGCCGCCACUGUCCGCAGACAGUGAACGCGAGGUGUGGAGCACCAACAAAUCAAAGUUCCUUAUCACAAAAUAUAAGGAAUUCAAGGAGGUAAUUGGCAAGAAGGGCGGCUUCAGGACCAAAAAGGCCAUGUGGGAGAAACUGGCCCAUGAGAUUAAUCAGGAGUUCCGAUGUCAUAUGACGCCUCUGCAAGUGGAGAACAAAUGGAAAUCAAUGAAACGAGUGUAUAAGAAAACAAAAAUAAAGAAUAGUUCAUCCGGCCAUUCCCGUACAGCCUGCGAGUACGAAGGAGAGCUUUCCGAAGUGUUGGAGAGGGAGCACCACAUCACCCCUGUCGCAUUGCUCACCCCGGGGAGGAUUGUUGCUAACAGGAAUGGCGAAAACAUCCUGCCGGAAAAUGGGCCUGCUGAUGACCCAGCUGAGGAGGCACCAGCCGAGGAGCUACAAGCACCCCGUAGAAGUGAAGUUGAACCUAGGAGAGGUCGUGGUGGUGGCCGCCACAGGGGCUCGUCGAUUGGCAGCCUGAUCAGUGUUUUGCAGGAAGCCAUCGCUGCGAAACAGAAGCAGCACAACGAAAAAAUGAAACUUCUUGAACGUCUUGUACGCGCUGCCGAGGGCAAUAAAUAAGUACGCCUACACCGGCAGUUUGUUUUCACAUUAUUCCCAUGUGCACUUCAGCAUUGAUAUUGGGCAAUGUGUCGCCUUCGGCUUUCACAUUGCGAUGUGGAUGUGUCGCAUUCGCUUGGCUCAUUAUCAUUGCCAACAUCAUCGUGAGGGGGCAGGUCUGCAAGUUCUGCAAUGAAAUCUCUUUCAGAAUUGCACAUGUUGUGAAGUACACAUGCUCCCAUAACAAUGAGACAACACUGCAUAAUUGUCUUGGCAUCAACAAGAUACAGCCUUCUGAAGCAUUGCUUCAAAAGGCCAAAGCAGUUCUCAAUGGCCACCCUUUGCUGAC